GUUGUUCAGAGGGUAACGGAACUCAGCAUUUGAACAGAAAAUGUUUGCAUCGCUUAUUUUCUGUUUGUUUCUACUGGAUUUUAAUUUUUUUGUUAACAGUGAACUCUACAAAUCUAAUUCGACUGAUUUGUCCAAAUGUACAAUAUCUUACUCAAGAUCUGGCAGUGUUUAUAAAGACUUCUACCCACUUUCUGUCCACGAAAAUGCCUCACUAACUGUGGAUUUUCACUUCGCUGUGCUAGCGGCUAGUGAUGCUCAUAUUCUUCUCGCUGAAACAGUGAAUAUCAGUAAAAAGGACCCUGCAUACGAAAUCGUUAUCGGUGCAGGAGGAAACACGUUUUGCGAUAUCAGGAGAAUGCAAAAAUCCGAUGUCAGACAUUCGGUUCGAACCAAAGCGCUUCUUUCCGCACUGGAUCCUCAUUACUUUUGGCUGCACAUCACGCAAGAGGGUCUGAUCCAAGUGGGGCGAGAAGGCGAUAAUGCCUCCUUCAUUGAGUGGCUGGAUCCGGAGCCUUUGGGCGUAAAGUUCAUCAGCUUCAGCACUUGGUCGGGAAUUGAGGCUAAAUGGUACUUCAAUUGCGACCGCUCGCAAAGUGAGGAGGAAGUCGAAAAGCGACUAACUGCUUUGGAGAAAUUGAGGCGCAAUGUGCUGCUUGCUUACGAUCCUUUGGUGCGGCCGGUUCUGGACCAAUCAACUGUUACCACUGUUUACAUGAGCCUCAACUUGGAAUAUCUGGAUUUGGAUGAGCGGAAGUCUUUCAUCGAAAUCCGAGGCACUUCUGUGAUGAAAUGGCACGAUGAAAAGCUCAACUGGGAUGCCGCCAACUACGAGAACUUAACCGAAAUCCACGCGCUCAGAACAGAGAUUUGGAACCCAGAGCUGACCAGCUACAGAGCCGUAACCAACUCGGUGGACAUUUUGCAAGACGCCCUGCUUAUCGCCAAUAAUAACGGGGAAGUUACAUGGAAACCAACCAUCCAUGUGAAGACUUUUUGCGAUGGGAUUCAAUUGGGCGAUUGGCCGCGAGACGUUCAUACAUGCGAAAUGCUGUUUGGUUUUGCCUGGGAUUAUGGUCGGGUUGUGCUGAACUUCAGUGACAGCGAAAGCAGCUUGCUUCAGCAUGAAACCUCUCCAUGGCUGAUCCUGGAAGCCAGUGUCUUCGACAUCCAACAGACCAACAACGCCUCAAACGACUCCCCAUUAUUUGGCCUCAAGUUUGAGUUAAGACGUAACUCUUUCAUCUACAGCCUGAUUUUCCUUCUGCCCGUUCUCGUCAUUGCUGUUUGCUUACUGGUCACUUUUUGGCUGCCCCCUAAAGGAAAUACGAAAAUCCUGUUGGGAUCUUCUCAGCUGAUUAUCGAGAUUAUAAUCCUGUUGGCUUUAGCGCACUUUGUCCCACAUUCAUCAGCCGGAGUUCCUCUUAUAAUUGUUCUGUACAUCUGGUGCUUAGCUGGCAGCUUGCUCUCGUUGCUGAUUUCCAUAGCUGUACCGAAUUUGAUCAGGCGGAAACAGUCGAAGCCUCUGCCGCAUGCUGUUUGCAAUAUACUGACCAAGCGAGCUGUUAAGAGGAUGCUUUGGCUUCCCAACAUAGUGAUGCCAGAAGAUUACGGGGAACUUGAUUUAUCACUGUCGAUUUCCAACAUAUCCAGAGCGGAAGACAAAAGUCAGCACUACUGGGCGCUUCUGGAAAUCGCCAUUCAACGACUAGCUUUCCUCAUCUUUGUGUGUUUUAUUGUAGCUAUUUUUGUUAAGUAUGUGGCAACGUUUUUUUAAAAUAAAAGCGUCGGUGGCAAUGCUG